CACAGUACCUUCUCCUUAAACGGUUGGUCACUAAGUGUGGUGUUGUCCCCUAAUCUCCCAGUCACGUGUUGACAGACUAACAGUGACAGAGAUAGUCCAGGCACAUAACGUGCUCAUUUCGCCUCCAGGAUGUAUACCAAAAAUUAGAGCUGUUUGAGGGGCGCUUGUCAGCUUAGAAUUCUGCAACACUGACUGUGUACUGUCCAUCCACCAUAGGGUAGGCUGCAAUCUUGUUUACUGUCAGUGUUCGAGAGUCGAGGAGCAAAAGAAUUGCUAGUGUAGGGCUCAGCCGACUUUACAACGCCGGUUUCGGCUUCAUGGUGGGCUAGAUUCAACUUUCCAGCGGACAAUCCUGGGUAGGUACGCUACAUUUGAGUCAAAACAUUAGAUGGUUAUAGGCUUGGCUUGCCUGCGGAAAGCAGAGAAUCACUAUCAGGGGAAACCAAGCGACGAAGUUAGGUUGCAAUUGUUGAAUGAGCUGCUUACUUACAAACAGUAUACGCAGGGUACCUUUCUCUGAGACAUAGCACGGCACGUUAGGUGUCUACCGUGAAGCGCGGGCACAGAUAUCACCAGCUACUCUAUUUCUCGAUCCGCCAAGCCAGGAAUACUUGAUUAAAGUGACUGAACGAGGCUAUGCAGACCUUCUAGCACAAUACCUAGCAGUCUAGAGUGCAGAUAACAUCAUACGGCAACGCUAGAAAUGGGUGUAUUUCACAUCUGACCUUCUUCCACUGACCUGAAGCGUUUUACCUGCUCGCGUUGGCUCACCACAUAGAUUAGAUACGCGUGAUCAUGGAUGACUCGGCUCGCAGGCAAGCAACAAGGCAUAUUCUCCUGUACCUCAUGGGUUCUCUGGUCGUAUGGCCUGGUAUAGAAGGAAUGACCAACAUGUGUGACAGUGGACCGUGCCGUAACAAUGCUACGUGUGUGGGGACAGCAUUUACCGCCCAGUGUUUCUGCACCCCUAGCUAUACUGGUCCAAGGUGUGAGAGCCAAGUGACACCGGACACUACAAGCGAUGGCAGUAAAUCAGUUCUUCUGCCGGCAGUUGUUGUUAGUUCAACAGUUGUUCUAUGGCUGGUGAUAGCGAUUUUAUGCGUCAUGCGAAGACGAAGAAGAAAAUCUACUAAACCAAAGUAAGUAAGUAAGUAAAUUAUCGUAUCCGUUCCCGAAGGGAACUCAACCCA